GCACUAUUGCAUCCGACGCAUCGCAACACUGGCGGUCGUGGGAGAAGCAUCAAAUCCGCUGUGAAAGCUACGGUCACCGUCGUCAUGUACUCCGGGCAAUCUAUGUACAAUGGAAAGUCCAGUGACGACCCCUACGUGCCUCCAGUCGGCGUUGGUAGCGUUGUUCGAGAGGCUUGCACCACCAUCUCUGAUCUUCCUCCCGAAAUCCUCCUCCUCAUCUUCCGACAUGCCCUUAAAGACAUAGAGCGGCCAAGGACAUACCCGGGAAAUUUUUUUGAUCGACAUUUGCCUUACACCCUGGCCUCCCUACGCUGACCUGAACCCCCAGCAUCCCUUCCCAGAAUGCAUCGCCUCUGUCUCUCCCCUCUGGCGACGGGCUAUGUCAGGCGUAUCUAGGUAUUGGACACGCUUCGUCAUUUGGAUUGGCAGGGACCCUACGCCGUUGCGUCGCGUCCAAGAAUACCUCGACUGGUCGCGUGGCCGUCCCCUUCACAUCUACAUCCUGCGGAGGUUUGACCUGCGAUGGCGGACGCUGUGCAUGAGGCUCCUGCAGUCUAGCUCGCUCCCGCGCCCUCGCGUUGACCUCGUAGGACGCGCGAAGAGGUUGGAAACACUCUGUCUUGACAGCGUAGUCGACGACUUGGUCGGCAGCACCGAAACGGCCCCGUCUCUAGCCGGCAGGUUUGACACGCCCGCCCUCAAAAAUCUCUCUAUGUGUGGUGUCCACUUCCACGAGUCGUACGUCAAACUCUACCCUGCACUGGCCAUGCCGCCCCAGCUGGCCUUCCUCACCAUCACCAACUACAAUUCACACAACACGGCCUUCCCACUGAUCGACCUCCUCGCAUGUCUCCUGACUUGCAGGAGCCUGUGCGGUCUCGAGCUCAAUAACCUCCAUCUCGACUGCUCCUACACGGGACCGUCCAUCCGCCCAAUGCACCCGCCAUACUGGCACGUGAAUGUCGACUUCGUCGACAUUGGCGGCGACGUGGUAGCGGAAUACCGCCGGCUCCUUCGACACCCCUUCCCCGAAUUCACUUCGUACACGCGGUGCUUGACUCCUACGCCCCCAGGCACUGCCCAUCCGCCUACCUACCGCACCAAGCUGGAAGAUAUCAAGACUGCGACGCUCGCGGAGACCACGCCCGACCCCAUGGCGGGUCCGCAAGAUGAGGCCGCUCCCAUCUGGCUGUGCCCCAACCUCCAGACGCUCAAGAUCGCCGGGUGCACGCAGUUCCGGAGCGCAGACUUGCGUGCGAUGCUCGAGGCGCGGCGCGCAAUGCAUGAAGCUACGGGAUUUGUGGAGUUCGGAGACCCCCAGUUUGUGGUGUCAUCGGUCAGAACACUCUUCGUGGACGACUGCUGCGAGCUUGCCUCCGAAGACAAAGAAUGGCUGCACGCGAAUGUCCCAAAUGUUGGAUGGGAUGAUUGGAUGGGAGGGUAUGAAGCUGAUCUGUGAGAGGCGGCCUCUCGGCACAUUUGCCCGACGCAAAUCGUGAAGGUGAAAGUUUGGGCGGCCUUGGUCCGAGACUACCUCUGCGCGCCUGAUGCAGGCAUCCGCUAUCCAAGCCUCUCGUUCGUAACGGGUGCACUAUAUGUACUGGCAGCAUAAGUAUGUAUGAUUUCGUUGCAUGCUGCCAGGCCGCCGUUUUGUGCGACGUCCGCAAUCAAGUUACUUUUACAUAUACGUGGCGGAGAUUCAGAUUGGGGCGC